AUGUCUCAUAUGCGUGCCGAUAUAUUAUCGUGGAUAGUUCGUGGAAAAGUUAAACAAGAACGUGUUCAAAAAGAAAAAACCACAAUCAUAGAAACUAUUCAGACUAAAACUGGUUUACCUUUGAAUCAAUGUGAUUCAAAUUCAUGUACAACUGGUGGUACAAGCACGACAGGUGGAGAAAGACGAAAAUUUUUUUCGUAUGCAGUUUGA